AUCCUUUGCAAAACAAAUAUAGAACACAACACCACAAACAAAUCAAAGCUUGCCACUGCCCUGUCUCUCUGUUGUGCUCUGCCUCCCUCAGAGAACACAAAAGAAAAGGCACAAAGCCAAUAAAAUCCAACAUCAAACCUCGAUAUAUCCUAAUCCUAAACCUUAACAAAGAAAGCAAAACACUCCAACAAUCCAAUGGAAAUGGAGGCUGAGAGGCCCCCACUUCCCCAACACCACUCUCACACCCAACCCCUCUCUCGCCUCAACAACUACGUAGCCAAAACCAGAGUCGGCAAGUGGUUCAAACUCUCCCAACGCAAUUCCACCUUCACCACCGAGCUACGCGCCGGCACCGCCACCUUCCUCACCAUGGCUUACAUACUCGCCGUCAACGCCUCCAUUCUUUCCGACUCCGGCGGAACCUGCUCUGUCUCCGAUUGCGUCCCUCUCUGUUCAGACCCUUCUGUUCCUCUGUCCGCCUGCACCGGUUCUUCUCUCCGAGUUCUCCAACCCGAUGACUCGUGCAAAUUCAACCCGGUUAACCCGGGCUACGCGGCCUGCAUCGAAAAAACCCGCAAAGACUUGAUCGUCGCAACGGUAAUCUCUUCCCUCAUUGGCUGCUUCAUCAUGGGCACUUUCGCCAACCUCCCUCUGGGCCUUGCCCCGGGCAUGGGCUCCAACGCUUACUUCGCUUACACUGUCGUGGGCUUCCAUGGCUCCGGCAACGUCUCCUAUCAAAGCGCCCUCGCCGCCGUCUUCAUCGAAGGCAUGGUCUUCUUACUCGUUUCAGCAAUCGGUCUACGCGCGAAACUCGCCAAGCUGGUGCCCAAGCCCGUCAGAAUUAGCUCCUCCGCUGGAAUUGGACUUUUUCUCGCCUUCAUCGGGCUUCAAAACAACCAAGGAAUUGGGAUUGUCGGGUAUAGCCCGUCCACGCUGGUGACCCUCGGCGCAUGCCCGAGCUCCUCGCGGGCUUCUCUGGCGCCCGUCGUAACGGCUGCUAACGGCACGGUGAGCUUGUUACCCGGAGGAACGGUAUCGGGAGAUAUUUUAUGCCUUAGCAACAGAAUGGAAAGCCCGACAUUUUGGCUGGGGCUGGUGGGCUUCGUGAUCAUCGCGUACUGUCUCGUGAAAAACAUUAAAGGCGCCAUGAUAUACGGCAUCGUUUUCGUGACCGCAGUGUCGUGGUUCCGGAACACUAAAGUGACGGCGUUUCCAAACACGGAGUCGGGUAAAAAAGCCCACGAAUAUUUCAAGAAGGUGGUGGACAUACACACUAUAAAGAGCACCGCGGGGGCGUUGAGCUUUAAGAAUAUAGGGAAGGGGUAUUUUUGGGAAGCAGUGGUGACAUUCUUGUACGUCGACAUUCUCGACACCACCGGCACACUGUACUCCAUGGCUCGUUUCGCGGGUUUCACCGACGAGAAAGGGGAUUUUGAGGGUCAGUAUUUCGCGUUCAUGUCCGAUGCCACGUCCAUCGUGGUGGGAUCCCUGCUGGGGACGUCGCCGGUGACCGCGUUCAUCGAGUCGUCCACGGGGAUCCGGGAGGGUGGUCGGACGGGGAUAACGGCGCUGACGGUGGCGGCGUAUUUUUUUCUGGCGUUUUUUUUCACGCCGUUACUAGCGUCGAUUCCGGCAUGGGCGGUGGGGCCACCGUUGAUAUUGGUGGGGGUUUUGAUGAUGAGAUCGGUGGUGGAGAUUGAUUGGGAGGACAUGAGACAGGCGAUACCGGCGUUUGUGACUCUCAUUCUGAUGCCGUUGACCUAUUCCAUUGCUUAUGGGCUUAUUGGUGGGAUUGGGACUUACAUUGUGUUGAACCUUUGGGAUUGGGGGUGGGAGCUUUUGGGGCACUUUGGGUUUGUGAAAGCAAGCAGAGCCCCCGAUCAUGAUCAUGAUUCCCAUCAUCUUGGGGUCAAUGGGGCACUUCAAAAUCCAAAUGCUAAAGCUCUUCAAUUAGAGGUCUCAAUUAUUUGCUCUUAUAGUUUGGAAACUUUUGGCUUGGAUUCGGCUCAAGUGCAUCUUAGGUUUGGGUUUCGAUCACAUGUUUCUUAAGCUCUUUGUUCUUUCUUAUUUAUUUAUUUUGAUUGUACGCACCUCAAACAGCGAAGUUAGGAAAUUUUUGAAUUCGAAAAUGUUCGUACGUUUUCACCCAGUAAAUUAUAGGAACAAAUCAGACCAAAAUAAUGUGUAGCAAUUUUCAAAAGAGUUAUAUUCUUUUAUAUU